GUUCGGUUGAGCUCCAAGUAGACCAGCGGCAGCGGCGGCGGCAGCGGUGCCGGAGGCGCAGAGGGCGGUGCAGGCGGAGCCGGGCGGGAGGGCGCGCGAGCGAGCCAGCGGGCAGCCGGGCCGGCGGGCGAGCGGCGGCGGCGGCGGCACCGGCACUCCAGGCCGAGCCGGCGCGGGAGGAGUUCCAGGGCGAUGGGGCCGCGGCCGGGGCUGACGCUUUGACAGCUGGAAAGAGCGCGGAGCCAGCGCCUGGGGGGGAGGGAGGGGAGCGCGGCGAGGAGAGCGCGAGCGAGUGUGCGAGCGAGCGCCGGGGAGGGGGCCGGGAGCGAGGGGGCAGCUCGGGAGCAGCCGGAGCGGUAGCGGCGGCGGCGGCGGCGAGGAGGCUCGGCGUCCUCUUCUCUGCAAACCAUGUUUGCCAAAGGCAAAGGCUCGGCGGUGCCCUCGGACGGGCAGGCUCGGGAAAAGUUAGCUUUAUAUGUCUACGAAUAUUUACUGCACGUAGGAGCACAGAAAUCUGCACAGACCUUCUUGUCGGAGAUUCGAUGGGAAAAAAACAUCACGUUGGGAGAACCGCCUGGGUUUUUGCACUCGUGGUGGUGCGUAUUUUGGGACCUUUACUGUGCAGCUCCUGAAAGGCGAGACACUUGUGAACAUUCAAGUGAAGCAAAAGCCUUUCAUGAUUACAGUGCAGCAGCCGCCCCGAGCCCCGUGCUUGGCAACAUUCCCCCCAACGAUGGCAUGCCGGGAGGCCCCAUCCCUCCGGGUUUCUUUCAGGGUCCUCCCGGGUCACAGCCCUCGCCGCACGCACAGCCUCCACCUCACAAUCCCAGCAGCAUGAUGGGACCCCACAGUCAGCCUUUUAUGUCACCGCGAUACGCAGGCGGCCCCCGGCCCCCGAUCAGAAUGGGAAACCAGCCUCCGGGAGGAGUUCCUGGGACACAGCCACUGCUGCCCAAUUCCAUGGAUCCCACGCGACAACAAGGUCACCCCAACAUGGGAGGAUCAAUGCAGAGAAUGAACCCUCCUCGAGGAAUGGGGCCCAUGGGGCCCGGCCCACAGAAUUACGGCAGCGGCAUGAGACCACCACCCAACUCCCUCGGCCCCGCCAUGCCCGGGAUUAACAUGGGCCCGGGAGCUGGCAGACCCUGGCCCAAUCCUAACAGUGCUAACUCAAUUCCAUACUCCUCCUCAUCACCCGGUACCUACGUGGGACCCCCUGGUGGUGGCGGCCCCCCAGGAACACCCAUCAUGCCUAGUCCUGCAGAUUCAACAAAUUCCAGUGACAACAUCUACACAAUGAUUAAUCCGGUGCCGCCUGGAGGCAGCCGGUCCAACUUCCCAAUGGGUCCAGGCUCGGACGGCCCGAUGGGGGGCAUGGGCGGCAUGGAGCCACACCACAUGAACGGCUCGUUAGGGUCAGGUGACAUAGAUGGACUUCCAAAAAAUUCUCCUAACAACAUAAGUGGCAUUAGCAAUCCUCCAGGCACCCCUCGGGACGAUGGCGAGCUAGGAGGGAACUUCCUCCACUCCUUCCAGAAUGACAAUUAUUCUCCAAGCAUGACGAUGAGUGUGUGACUCCCCCCCUCCUCUUCUCCGAGACGCUGAGAGAGCCAGCAUUGCAGGCGGGAAGAUGCCAGAAAUUAUGCAAGAAGAAGUGAGGUGUCAUUACCCAGGAGCUGGGGGAGGGGUGUCUCCUGCUCCCCCCCAACCCCCACCCUGUCCUCCACCCCCUCCACCUUUCCCAGUUUUAGUUUCAUGCAAUAAAAAGGCCGAACUUUUUAUUCCAUAAAACAUGAAGGACAAAACUCAAAAUAAAAUAUAUUUCAAGUCAAUGACCAGAAAAAUCCCACCCUUGCCCUUUCCCGAAGGACCUUUGAUGUCCAUGACACUUUUCUGUUUUUUUUGUUUGUUUGUUUGGGGUUCUGCUGUUGUUGGGAUUUUUUGUUUUGUUUUGUUUUCAGGGGGGUUUUUUUGGGGGAAAAAUUUUUAAAAAUGGAAGCUUCUAGCAAAUCCCCCCAACCCCACCCCAAUCAACCUCUUUGCUUUCUUCUUUAAAAAAAAAAAAAAAGGACAAAAAAAAAAAAUAAAACCAAGCCCCGUUGUCUGUACCCAAGCCCUUCCACCAGGAAAGCUAGUCUAGGUGUGAGAUCUCACCUGUCUUUGUAGCCAUCUAAAAAUAAUAAUAAUAAUUAUAAUAAACUGGGCAGUUUACAAUCGGUGGUUUCUUUCAAACGGCCUGUUUUGGAAAGAAAAAAGGAGUCACCCUUUUCCACUUGGGGUUUUUGGUUUGUGCUGAUGAGCGAGGGAGGGGCGGGAACCUGUUUUGUUUUCGCUUGGUCUCUCCCGGCGAGGUGGCGACAGCAGCCGCACAGCUUGGACCCCAGACCCCCUCCCUCCCCCAUGGUGUGGCCGGAGGGGCCAGACCACCAACCGCUUUCAGGAUCCCGCCCCAGCGGAGCCGCGCUGUGACCCGGUUGGCAUGCACUGUGUUCCCAGGACUGCUUCCUCCCUCUUCUGGACCUCUCCUCACCCGCCUCCCGCCCCCUCCUCAGCCCCCGCCCCAGUCUUCCCAGUGAGGAUCCUGCCAGCGGGGUGGUGGCUUGGAGCGGAGUGGGGGAGGCCGCCCCCGACAGGAUGGCUAUGACCUGGGACGUGGAAACCGUGACCUCUGCGUUCUCCUCCCUCGCAUCGUCCACAUUGCGUGUGCGGGCAGCGUAGGGCUGGAGUUGGGUUUUCUUUUUUUUUUUUUCUCUUGAUUCUUCCUUCUUUUUCAAAGAUGGGAUAUUGACCAGAAUUGCUCUGUAUAUGCUUGGAACUGGAUGGAAAGACUCUGGAAUAGCUUUGGGGGGCGGGGGGGGGACACCGACAACCAAACAGAUGUGCUGUUUCCGGACCUGUUUUUAUUUUCAAAAACCGACAAACGCCACAGUGGAGCCUGUCCCCCUCCCAGGAGGAGUGACUCAUGGCCUCCCUCACCUCACCACCCUGCAUCGUAACCUCUGUGUCUUGCCCUGAGACACCUGAAUUCUUUGUACAUUUACACCCCUCUCCCCCCUCCCCUGUAGCUGGUCUUUGUUUUCUUCCCUCCUUUGAUCCAUGUAUAUCAUAUUAUGUGAGAUAUCAUCUGCCUGAAAAAAGACCUUGUGCGGAUUAUUGGGAACAUUGUAGCUGUUUCUGUGUUUUUUCUUACCUUGUAGUCUGGUUCUGAAUUAAGAGAGGAAAAAAAAAAAGUAAUUAUGAUACAUUGUAGUUUGUGUACGAUAUAUGUUGAUAACGUUUUAUUAAAGGGACAUCUUUUUUCCGCA